AUGGAGGCGCAGAUGGAGAAAGCAGAAGUUCGAUACCAGCAAGCUCGCCAGCGACUGGUGAGGAAGCUAGAAGAGGGUAAGGACAAGCCCGCCGACGCCAAGCCGCAUAGUCCCCACAUUCAGCCAUCAGAAGAUCAUCCUAUCGAUGAGGCAGAGGCCUUGCCGCCCGAGGACCACAAGCAUCAGCAUCACAAGCACCUCCACAGGGAGCCCAAGAAUGCGGGUGCUCUGCCAGACAAGGUGGUCUCCAGACAGCGCUGGGUGGCUGCAAGGAACACAGAGAAGCGAGCCCGUGAGUCUGCCAAGCGUGCCCGCGAGAUGCUUCGCCACAGGCAGCGGGACCGAAAGAUGGAGUCGGGGUAUGUGUCGCAGGACGUGGAGGCCACGACUCCAGAAGAGCCCGCUCCUGCUCCGCGAGCUCCAGCCGCCAGCGCCAGUCCAGAGACCGUCUCGCAGGGUGCACAGAACCUCGCGACACGGCUGAAGUCCGUAUAUGAGCGUGAGACGUCGGCUGUGGACAAGCGCCAGGCGCUGCUGAAGGUGGUUACUUGCGGGCGGGAGAACUACUACACUUUCAAGCCUGAAGAUGUCGUCUCGGACUUGUCAAAGCGCGGCUUUAUCGACGAGAAGUUGGCAACCGAGUUUGCCGCCCUCAUCAAGGACGAGACCUUAAAGCCAACAGCGCACCAAGUUCCCUUCGAGGAGUGGCUGGACCGUGCAAAGAAGGUCAGCCAGAUGGAGCGGCUUGAUGAUGCUCCCUUCAAGGCCGACGAGGCAGCUUACUUGGGGCACUUGGACGGUCGGCAGCUGGCCGUGGCCGAGGCGGAGUUGGAGGCCGCUGAGGCUCAGCUGGAGAUCGCCAUGAAGGCGGCGCAGGCUGCAUCGACCCGUUAUGAGCAGGCAGUGGCGGCCAGUGGUAUUGAUCACGCAACGCUCGAAGAAACGGAGCAAGCAGAUUUUGAUCUCAGCGUGAAUGAGGCUGAACGUUUUGAUGCUGAGCACAGCCACGACAAGUUCGAGUCCCACGGGAGCAAGAACGCGGGUGCUCUUCCAGACAAAGUUGUUUCCAGAGAUCGUUGGUUGGCAGCUCGGAGCACCGAGGAGCGUGCACGUGAAGCGCAUAAGAAGGCCCGUGAUGUCGGCCGCAUCAGUGCCCGUGAUGCGAAGCUUGAAGCAGCCGAAGUAUCAGUUCCGGCGUAA